UCGUUGUUCUGUGUUGGCUCGUUAGGGUUUCCGAAUCUCACUUGUUUUUCUUUUCUCCUGUUUUCUCCUGUUUAAAUAUUUUGGCCGAGAAACAUGGUUUCUAGGUUAAGUAAUGAGAAGCCAAUCGUGUACGAGACUAAAGAGCAUCAUGUUCGUCCUGAUUCGAGCAAUACAGAUGUUCUUUCACUAGAACCAAUCGACCAUCUCAAGAUUUUUGAUCAUAUAAGAAAUAUCAAAGAUCCAGAGCGCCCUUCUUCUUUGGAACACCUCAAAGUACUUACAAAAGACUCAGUCGAAGUGGAUGAUGACAAGAGUUAUGUUAGGAUUACAUUCACUCCAACUAUGAAACUUUGUGGCAUGACUACCUUAAUCGGUCUUUGUGUCCGCGUGAAACUUAUGCGAAACCUUCCUGGGCGAUACAAAGUUGAUAUAAGAGUAGCACCCGGUAGUCAUGCAACAGAGGCUGCAGUCAAUAAACAACUAAACGACAAAGAACGUGUGUCCGCUGCAUUAAAGAAUCCAUACAUCGUGGAGAUCGUCGAUGAAUGUCUUUCCCAUCAUUUAAAUGUUGCUUGAUGCCCUCAAGGUUCACUAUCGUGAUAUGUCUCUGCUUCUACCGCAAAGAUUUUCAUCAACUAGGACUUAUCUUGUGUUCAGUUUAUUGUUUCGAUCUAGACUUAGGAACUUAUCCCUGGAAUGAUAAUUGAUAUGACCCUAUUCUUAGGCAUUUGCUGUCUUAGAAAGGAAACAACGAGAAGAAGAUUAAUAAUUUUGGAAAGGAUUAUUUCAAUUACGCUACGUCUCCCUGUUCUCUUAUUGUUCCAUUGGUUUCUAUCUUCAGUGACAGUCUGUAAUAUAUAAACUA